AGCACUUUAGGCCCAGAUAAUAAAUUAGUUUACCAAUUGAAAACGUAUAGAACACAAGCUAAACUAAACAAUUUUUGAAACAUAUUUUCCAAUCUUAAGUAAAACUAUUAAUAGAAAUUAAAAAAAAGAAAAAUGUUGCAAAAUGAUGCAGUACGCAAUUUACAUUUUGACAGUGAAAUACGUGUGGCCCAACAAACGAGAUCAGAACCAAGAGUUUUAGAUGGACCAGUUAGUAUAACAUCACAGCCCAGAGUUUCUACACGCAUAGCUUUACCAGUUUCUACUGUGGAACAAAAUGGUAGAACCGGAUCCACCUAUGUACCUUUAACAGGCUAUAGUUUCUUAGUAGAUCUACCCUCUGUACAUAUCGAACAAACAUUUGAAUUAAAUGACUCUCUUACAUCUGUAUCUUCCGAUAAUCGUUUUGUUGUCCGAUCGCCCUUAGGCGAUGCUAUUUAUGCUGCUUCAGAAUACUCUUCAGCAAGAAAUCGUUUAAUAUGGGGCUCUGCACGUCCAUUCCAAAUGCAUGUGAUUGACAAAACAUUCCAGGAGGCAAUGGUGUUUCACAAGAAAUUAUCUUUAGGUUUUAUGUGUUGUCAACCAAAGAGUUUGGAGGUAUGGAUACCGCCUGGUAAUAUAUUGGGACGUAUUGUGCAAUCACCGACCAUAACAGUACCGGAAUUUUAUAUUGAGGAUGGUGCCACCAAUUCGCCAAUAUUUUGCAUUGAAGGACCAUCAAAUUCCGGAUUCUGUUGCUUUUGUUUGCCCAAAGAAACGUAUUUUAAGAUACACUCUGGUGGCGACUUGAGGGCAUCUAUUGAUCGCAAGUGGUUAGCUGGAAAAUCUCAAUAUACUACAAAUAUAUAUUUUAGCGAUUCCAAGCUAAAUGCCAAGGAGAGAGCAUUAAUAUUAGGAGCGGCUUUUCUUUUGGAAUAUAUGUAUUUUCAAACACGAUUUUAAUUGAAAUGCGACUCUAUUUUCACGAUAAUACAAACCGCAGCUUAAAUAUUUUAAUAACAUAAAUUUGGUGAAAUAGUUAAAAAGUUUUAAAACUGACAUUGAGCUCAACAAGAAUUAUUUUAUUUUGUUAAAAACGGAAUGUUUGAAAAAAUAAUUACAUUAAUAAGUUUUAAAAAUAUUUAAAAAUGCUUUAAAAAUUAAAAAUUAUUGUACAAAAAUAUAUAUAAAAUAUACUAUCAAGUAUUUGAAGAAUUUCGAAGAAAUCUAUCAUAAUUUUUAAACAAUGCCUGUUAUUUUGUAACAAAAUGAAGUCGGUGACAAAUAUUAAAUAAUGAAGAAAGAUAAAUAAAUGUGAUAAACAUUUAUGUAUUUAAAAUUAUCUAAAUGAAAUUUUAAAUAAUGGACAAAGCUUACAUAAUAAAUGCAUAAAUAUCGAUAUCGAAUUCAAUUUAAGUAAAUAUAGCUUAAGCUAAUUGUAGCCUCAGUUUAGAAAAUUUAAUUAAAUUGUUUUCUAUUCUUUUCGAUAUCGUUUUCAAUUUAAGUAAAUAUAGUUCACAUCAGUAAUUUUAAACAAAAUUGUUAAGCUAAUUCCAGCCAAAGUUUAAAAAUUUUAAAAUAAAGGAAUAAAUUUACUUAAAACUUUCAAUAAAA